GGUUUGCUAUAUCAUCACGACACCAAGACAUGAGUUAUACGGUUUAUUUUAAUGUAACGAAAUUAAUCACAUCCUUUAUCUAUCUUUGGUGAGUAAAUAAAUUCAUUCUAGCAAAUCAAACCACCCGGAUCCUUUCUUUUUCCAUUGGUGCGAAUUCGUUCAAAUUUGUCUUUGGUACCGCUCACGAAGUAGCAAGCGCUGCAAAAGACGAUACCAAGUAUGUUGGUUCAGUUACUUGAAUUCACACCAUUGUCGUUCAUAGACGACGUCAUUAACAUCACAAAUCAGUUGCUGUACAAGGCAGUGAAUGCUGUAGACCGUUUUUUCUCAAGUUUACCAUCGGGAACAACAAGUGCUACUGAAAUCGAGGAAGGACUCCACAAAUUUGAAAUUCUGUUUGAGAAUAUCGUAGACAGAUACUAUGAUCGUUUUGAGCUGUUUGCAUUAAGAAAUAUUUUUAUGAUCCCACAAGAACUGACGGGACAUUUUCGAAUGCAAGGCCAAGAUGUCGACUAUACCGUUACACAAGUACAGAACACUCAACUUGACCAGAAAAUUGUACAAGUGAAGAAUACUCUGACAGACCGUUUACGAAAACGCAAUCGUUUGCAAGCUCAACUUCAAGCGAUUCGCCAACGAAAAACAGAAAUCCGUGAACGCAUACAGCGCCUAACAGAAUUAGAUGCAACAUUCCGAUCACAGAAGGUAACGUUACCGGACUCCACUGAUUUUCUGAUGGACCAACUCCCCAUCUUACAAAAAGCAAUUGAGUCUCAACCCACAGAGUCCAUAAAGCUUGACUCCAGUGUGUUGGAUGAUCGGCUUUCGUACUUUGACAAGCGGUUACAAACUGUUCUUAGCCCGACUGAGCGACAAAUUGGGUUCUGGGAGCGCGAAUUACAGCGAUUGCCGUUUGAUGCUUCCGUGAAUGAAGUCCAAUCUCUCGAAAAAACACUUGCCACUUUGGAUUGAUAGUAACCUUUGUUGCUUCAAAGACACAUGGGGAGCUCUUUCAUUCACAUCCUUUCACUCCGAAACGGUCUAGCAACUCCAUACUUGUACAUUUUUCUUGCUCUGCAACCUUUCCAAUCAUUCCUAGAGCAACGUCCCGAAUUUCGUUGUAUGUAUGAAGCAGUUCAAUAUGUCUUCUUACUGUUUUAUGCGCGUCAGGGUCUCUAUAUUUGUAAUUGAAGUGUUUAGCAAAGUCAAGAACUUGCAAAUUCCAAAUCCCACUUUCUGUACCUUAAUUUUGCUUUUGCUUCAACAAGCUGCUUUUCCAAUUGAACUUUCUGCUCUUCUAAGGACUUCACACGAGCUUCUAAUUUGGACUUGACGCGUCGUUAAUACCCAUCUUUCAUCUCAAUCAUUAGCAUACUUUCUCCAUCUUUUUCAUGCAAUAAAUCCGCAGCACCUUGACGUUUUCUCAGUACAAUUGUCUACGG